AAAAAAAAAAAAAAAAAAAAAAAAAAAAAACACUCCCGUUCUUCUAUUCCCCCCCUUACUUUUUAUUUAUUUUUUUCUUUUUAUUGACGCCUUUUCUUCUCUUUUUCUUUUUCAUUCUCUACAUCAUAGCAGGGCAAGAUAAGAAACAACCCUAUAAAAGCAAAAACGGAAAAAAGAAAAUGACUACCGCUACUUCGCCCCCAGUAAACCUGGCUGAGCACUCCAGAGACCGUUCUGCAUCCAAUGCGUCAAAACAUGCAGACUACCCGGAUAGGACCGAACCACGGUCGGGAAUGACCAUGGACUAUACCAUCAACGCCAGCGGUACGCGUCAUCAACAACCAUUACAACACUACAACGAGCACGGAAGCGGCUAUUCUGAGUAUCAUGAUCAGCAACAACAACAACAGCAACAGCAUAAUGACAACACCAGCAACGGUAAUGGCCAUAAUAACCAUUACUCCACUCUCCCAGUAUCCUCACAAUCUCAUUACCCACACGUAUCCACUUCCAAUGGGCCUUACCUUCCCCCGCCUAUCCAGACCGCACCAUUCGGUAAUGGUCCUCAAGCCAAUGGACUUCACUCUCAUUCUCAGACCCCUAUAGUGUCGCCUUCACCACUCUCCUCUGGUAACAAUGCCCAUGCUUACCAACAACAACAGGGGCACUACGACUAUGAUCAGUACCAUGCCCAACCCUAUCAUGCACAACAUGCAUCAUACCCACAGGAUCAUCAUCCACAUCUUUGUUUCAGGUAUUUUAGUGGAUUGUUCAGAGUUUGCAACUUCAGAUGAGCUAGCCACUCUAUCAACAUAGAAGGAGAGGGGCGGAGUGGAAGGAAUGCCAAAUGUGAGGAACAAAAAGUGCUGAAACUCUUGUCCUUGUACAGCAUCAACAAUGUGAAGAAGAUAUGACGUCGUCACGAUGAGUGCUUCAGAUUUUGGGC